AUGAAAAUAAUUGAAAUAUGUAAUAUUAAAUUUACGUGCGUAUNUGUCCUCGUUCGGCCAGGUGCCAAACAAUUUAUUAAUGAACUAAGCAAUUUUUAUGACAUUAUCUUAUGGACUGCAAGUCUCAAGGAAUAUGCUAUGCCAGUUAUGGACUUUGUUGAUCCCGAUAAAAAAGCAAUCGAAAGGUUAUUUAGAGAGAGUUGCACUAUCAUCAAAGGAGGCCUGACUAAAGACUUAAACAAACUUGAUCGUGAUUUCAAAGAUAUUGUCAUUGUUGAUGUAAGUAUACAUUAAUCGAUUUUCAGAAUUCAAUAUUGUCAUUUGCAUUGAAUCCAGAUAAUGGUUUCCAAAUUAAAGAUUUCUUCUAUGACAAACAAGACAAAGAACUUGAAUAGAUUCUCCCAUUCUUGAUUUGGAUCUCAUAAGUAAUCUAAAUUUAAAUUUGAUAAGCUUCCUGAUGUGAGACCAGUGUCCUUAUAAUAUGAGUAAUUUAUCAAUUCAUCUCCUGAAUAGUUAAAUCAAAGAAGGAAUGGUAGCAUUGUACCAUUAGACUAACAGAAGUUUUACAGUGUCUCCAGAUCCUUCACAAUGCAAAGAGAAAAAGUUAAAUAAAGUUCUAUUAUAAAAACCUUAACAUUAUCUAAAAAUGAAGAAGAAUUUGAUGAAAUUGCCUUUAAAAAAAAGUUAAAUUCAGGUGUCAUUUCAAAAUAGGACUAAACAAAUGAUAGUGAAAAGGAGACUUUUGAAAUUAGCAAUUGA